AUGAACAACGUCCAUCUGCUUCAAACAGAUCUCGCCCAUUUGAGCUCCGAAGCAAAGAAGAGGUAUCCGGAUGUGCGGCAAAUUGUCGACUCAGUCAUCAAAACCUUGAAAUCGUUGACCCCAACAACUGCCCUAAAGGAUGUAACUGACGAUAGUUUGAAACUACAAACAGUAAAUGCAUUGAUACUAGCAUGUGACUCGGGAAACCUCAAGCUUAACAAUUCUUCAAUUCCCAUCAUUCAAAAGCUAAUUCUGGUCCAUUUCAUUCCUAAGGAGAAACUCAAAGAUGUGUUGAAGACAUUUUCCGAGGCUUCACAUUUGGCAGAGGGAGUUCAAGUUAGAAUUCUUCAAUGUCUUCAGCAAUUAACACAGGAGUACAAAACCAAAAUUACAGGGGAUGUCCUCUUGAGCAUGAUUAGCCUUUGUUCAGGAUUGACAAGUACGAACAAGUCGUCCACUGUUCUGGGAGUGGCUUCGGCCACUUUGGAGCAAGUGUUUUCAAAUGUUUUCGACAAUAUUAGCAUAACCCCUUCCCCUGGGGACAAAGGGAUUGACAUUGAGAAUGAAGAGGUGGUAAAAGUGGACGAUGCUUCAUACGAGGGAUAUUGCGUCUUUGAAGAUUUGAAUCGGAUUACGACAAACAAGAAGCCCAAAUUUUUGAAAAGUGGUAUAGCCAUAAGAAGCCAAUCAGCUCUCGAUAUAAUUGAAAACGUAAUCCUUCAUCAUACCAAAUUGUUUCAGCAACAUAAAGAGUUGGCGUACUUGUUGCGAGCUCAAACUGCUCCUUCUUUGUUAAAGAUAUUGAAUUCACCAUCGAGAAGCUAUCAAUUGACCCAAAGGGCUAUACGGGUGAUUCAAGUCUUGCUUACCACACAAAUUGAAAGCUUGGAGAUUGAAGUUGAGCUAAUCUUGUCGUACUUGAACCACGCUUUGCUUGAAAGUCAGCACGAUGGUUCUGUUCCUUAUUGGGAAAAGAUAUUGAUUCUUGAAAUGUUGAAGAAUGUGUUUGCCAAAUUCAACGUCAUCAAAGUGAUUUAUGAAAAGUACGACCACGACGAACUGAAGAAGGAUGUAUUGAAGGAAUUGUUCAACGUACUCAAUACCUAUCUACAAAAUGAUGUUCAGUUUGCAAAUGACACAUUGAAAUUUGGUGUGCCGGAUUCAAACAAUGUGCACACGUCUGUGAUUGAUGCUACAGAUGCGGUAUCUUUGUCACGGGAAAACUACAAGAUUCUGUUGCUCGAUCAUUUAGAUAAAACUGAACCUCAAGCAAACAUCCCUGAAUCUUAUUCCACCUAUCUUAUUUUUGAGAUUCUUGUUUAUUAUUGUAAUGGAGUAUCUGAUUUUGUUGCAACAAUGCUGGAAAUUACUGUUGAUGAGCAAAAUUUGGAAAAGAAUGUUGAUUUCACCAAUGCAAUUUUAACGUCAACUGCAGCGGAAGUUAUCCUUUUGCUUGACAAGUUUAUUCAUUCUGCCUUGGAUGAUGCUUUGUUUCGAGAUUUGUUGUCUUCGUUUCAAAAGUUUACCCAUUCCGUUGGAUUGUUGGGCUUGGACUCCAUCAGAGAUGAUCUACUUUUGAGGCUUUCAAAAGCAAUUACAGCUAGCCUCAUUACUCUAGGACCCAAUAAAGAAGAAGGAGAAACUUCUUCAAUACAUGAAGAUCCAAAAAAGCAUUCACUCGCAAUUGGGGAGUCGAUGGUGGAGUCUGUUACAUCCAGCCGCGUGUUUUUCAAAGGAGACGGUGAUGUGAAUAGCAGUACGUCGCUGGUGAAUCUGAUCAACUCUAGACAUUUCAAUUCUCGACAUGUGCUUUGUUUGAAGACGUUGAUAAAGUUGGCUAUUUCAUUGGGUACGACGCUUGCACAAUCGUGGUCCAUUAUUUGGAUAUCAUUGCAAUGGUGUGCCUACUUUCUCCAAGGUCCCGAUGAAUUCAGUAAUUUUUCAAGAUCAAAACAAAAUCAGGACUUGGCUAGUGUGCGACAACCACAUAUAACCGACGCUGAUAUGCGUAGUAUCCAAGCUUCACUUCAAUCGCUUUUUGAUGCAAUGAGUGGUUAUGAUGCAAAUGCGCUUAUACUGCUGUUUUCAUGUUUAGCGGAGUUGAAUGAUGUUGCAUUUUUAGACGAUGCGGGUAAGACUGUCAAUUUUGAUUUAGUGGAAUCUCCUUACAACAAAGCUUAUUAUUUGCAAAAAAUCUUUCAAAUUUGUCAACUUGUGCCGGCAAAAAUUUUGAUUCAAGAUACGAGUGUUUGGGACUUGGUCAUUUCUUAUAUCACUAAAUUUGGUUCAAGAAGAAAUUUGCAUUCCAAUUUACGUUUGUACAUUGCCGAGUCAUUUUCGAGACUAGUUGAAAAAUUAGCGAGUGAUGGAUUUCAUAAUGAUUUGUUGUCUCUGGCAACGGCAACGAGGACAUUAGAUGGGUUAAACAAGUAUAUUACUUGUUUGUUUGAGCAUGGGCCACCAAAGGAAUUGUUGACUCUCAAUUGUGAGACGGAAAUUCAUUUAUCAGUAUUGACAGAAUUGCAUUCAUUAAUUGACAAUUAUGACACCCAUUAUCAAGGUUCAUGGGCCCAAGUUUUUGAAAUCCUAAAUACACCUUUCAAGACGAUAGCAUCAAAAGAUCAGAAUUUGCGGGAAAAAGUACAGCUUUUAGUGGAAAAAUCAUUUGAUACGUUAAAGUUGAUACUUGAUGAGUUUUUAUCGUCAUUGCCAUUUAAACAAUUCAAGUUUCUCAUUGACACUGUGGUUAAUUUUGCCCACCAAUCGUAUGAUCUCAAUAUUUCUUUCAGUGCAGUGAGCUAUUUCUGGCUCAUUAGUGAUUCAUUAAAGUCGAGGCUUUUGCAAUUUGAGGCCAGUGCAUCACAAAAGUUGGAAAUAAAGCUGGAAGAUGAACUUGUUGAAUUUAUCAAUUUGAAUGAUGAAUCUUAUCAAUCAUACAUUUGUCUUGAGAUCUACCUACUCUUUUGCUUGGCCAACUUGUCUAAACAAGAAACGAGUCGUGCUCAAGUAAGAGAUGGGGCUAUUCAAACGUUUUUUCAAAUUGUUGAUGUUCAUGGCCCAGCUUUGGAGCAAAGCUGGAGUGUUGUGCACUUGUUGGUAUUGCCAUGCUUAUUUAGUAUCGAUCCAGCUGAGAGUGUUAAGGAAUCGUUGGAAACGAUUCGAUUAUUAUUGGAAGGGUUCACUAAUAUGUAUCGCAAAUUUUUCAGCCAUUCCGAAACCAGUGCAUUUCAUGACAAAUGGCAAAUGAUUUUCGACUAUAUGGAAAAGCUUUUGUCGCAUAAGAAUAUUGAUAUAAACUUGAUUGUUUUCAAGUCUUUUCAGGAUUUGAUUGAUCCAUCGGCUGCGAUUGAUACAAGACAAAUUCGUAACGCAUUGUUCAAUUUAUGGAAAGGGUAUUCAAUUGAGUAUGAUUUGGUAAAUUCGAGUUAUCAAGACUCACUUGUGCAGUAUAUGCAAUGUUUCCCACCAUUGUACAGGGUUAUUCAAUCUGACUUGACGCUAGACGAAGUGAAUACAGUUGUUGAUAUUUUCAACAAGGGUGCCAGAUAUCCGGUGUUGCCAUUACACCAAUCAGAUGCCAACAAGUCUAGUAAAUUGCAAUCGACUAUAUUGACAAACAUUUCCGUAUUGGAUAAAAAUGAUGUUGGAAUACAAGCUGCUGUGGUGCAAUUGCUCGCAAAUGUGAUUGUGUAUCCAUAUGGAGUUCGAAUGAGGAUUGAACAAAAAUUUCAAAAUAAUGUAUUUGUACAAAAAAACUAUCAAAUCCCAACAUUUAUUGGUAUUAGUCAUUUGGGGUUGCAAUUGAUGAAGAGUAAAUUUGAUGAAUUUGGCUAUACUCGAGUAUUUACCGAUGAACAAAGUAUUAUCAAAACGAUAAAGGCUCUCAUUGAGGCUGUUGAGCGCAAGUUGCAAGGUAUAUCAAUGGCGAAAACCCCGCUUUGGAUUGAAGCUCAUGAUAUUUUGAAGGUGUUGAUAAAUGAGUUGAUCAAUGAAAAGAAGGAGGAUCUAAGUGAUGAACUUUGGUCGUUACUUACAAAGUCAUUGAUGCUUACCAUUGCUUUUGAUUCGGAUAUAGCAUCUGAUGCUGAUAUCAAAAUCACUCACUACCAAGAGUUGAGUGAGCUAAUUGUUCCCAACUUGAUCAAGAAAGAUAAUGCAUUGAUUUUGGAUUUGGUAAAGAGUGUUUAUGAAAAUUCAUACCUCUACAACCGCAAUAGUGAUGAAAAGGAUUUGAUUUUAAACAAUGUGACAGAUGAAAAAGUGGCCAUUGGUCACUUGACUUCGUUUAAAUUUGAUGAAUAUUUUGGUACAACUGAACAAUUGCAUGUGUUGCCUAAUACCAAGAUUCGAUUCAAUAAUUUGAAUGAGCUAUUCCGGUUACUGAAUCUUGACACCAAGUACAAGUCCUCGUGUGAAUUGUACCUUUUGAGAAGAAUCAGCUUUACAUUAAGAAGAGCAGUUGCUGAUUUGAAAUUGUCUGGAAAUAGACCUUUGCCACGAGUACAAUUGAAUGAGAUAUUGGUGGUUCUCGAGCAAAUGCUCCGCAUGCAACCAGCAUCGAACGCAAACGAACAACAGUUUAAGAAAUUAAAUAGGUUGUUGGUGUUGCUUACUCCAUUUGCCAAUAAGUUUGGUGACAGUAACAAGUCACUUCUUGCAAAGGUAUUGAUGAAGUUUUGUAUACAAGAUACAAUGUGUCGUAGAAUGUAA